AUGGCUCAGCGACCGCCUGAACGCCCUGAGCGCCCUCCCUGGCCGUUCUCGCGCCCUCGUACCGACCUGAGAGCGCCUCUCCGCCUCAACCGCCGGGCUCUGCAAGCGCCGCCAGCUCCGCCUGUGCCGGCAUCGCCCUCUCCUCCUCCCCUCCCCACCGUCCCCACCGUCCCCAUCGUCCACGACGGCCUGCCGCCCCGCCUCCCGGUCGAGCUCAUCCUCGAGAUAAUCGAGUGGUGCGACCACCUCGCCGAGAAGCGCAGCGCCACGCUCGCCGCCCUGUGUCGCCUCGCCAAGUCGUACCAGCACGCCGCCGAGCACGCCCUGUACUCGGACGUGCGGCUCUCGUGGGGCGACCGCUCCGGCCCUCAGCCCGAGGCGACCGACUCAGUGCCGUCAGGCCUCGUGCUGCACACGCUCGUGCACCAUGCGCGGCUUCGGCCCCUCGUCAAGUCGCUCGAGGUCGCGCUCCACGGCAGCGAGGGCCACCACCCCGAGGUCAUGUCGCUCCUGGGCAGCUUGCCCGGCGUCGAGUCGUACAGCACCGAGCGCUGCCCCGGCGCAGUCUCGCGCGACCAGAUGGACGGCUUGCGCCGGGUCCUGUCGAACGUGGGCGUCAAGAUCCGCACGCUCGACCUGGGCACGUGGACGCCGACCGCGGCAGCUCUCGUCCGCGAUUAUCCCCAAGCGUUCACAACCUUCAAGCACCUCAAGCUCGAACGGCUCGUCGACUACCGCGGCACGGCGCCCUCGGGCCCGAAUGUCGGCGUCGAGACGCUCGCCCUCGAGGUCAGCGUCGGGCCUCGAGCGUUCGUGUCGCUCACGUCGCCGUUCUGCAAGACGGUCCUGUCGCUCCGCCUGCCGGUCACGGGCAGCGAGGCCACACAGAGCCUCAAGCUGCGCCCGUUCGUCAAGCUCGAGCGCCUCGACCUGCUCGUCCCGAAAAAGGACCGCGGCCCGGCGUUCCAGGACGCCAUCCCCAACAUCGUCUCGCUCCUCCUGUCGGCAGCAUCGCUGCAGCACCUCGUCUCGCUCACGAUCCAGGAGGCGGUCGUCCAGCCGCCGCUCGACUUUCUCGGCCCGGCGCCCGAGUCGACCCAGCUCUCGAUGUCGGCGCACCACAUCCUCAACGCCGUCCCGUUCCAGAUUCAGCGCCUCACGGUCGACGCGCCGGGCUUCCUGUCGACCGACAUCGUCGAGUGGCUCCUGAGCCCGUGCCGCCCGCCGCAGCUCCAGUCACUUCGCCUCGGCGGCGACACGGGCGUCGGGCUCAACAAGCUGUUGCGGCGCACGACGGGCCGGUACGGCGAGCUCGCGCGCACGCUCGCCGAGGCGGGCAUUGAGGUGACGACCUUGCCGUGACGGAGUGGCGAGGCGGCGAGGCAGGGAGGAAGGCGGGUCGGCCAUCGUCGUCGCAGUGGCCUUUGAUUUAGUUUCGUGUAAUCUCUCGGUGCCGUCCAUCUU